AUGCCGAUCGGAAAAGAAGGAAACGUAAAAUGGGUGGACGGCUUCCGUGGCUUGGCCUCGUCACUCGUGGUGCUCACACACUUGAGCCGCUCAUUCGACCUGCUGCUCUUCGACAUUACAGACAACGACAAUGCAGCACCAAGAGUUGUGCAGUACCCCUUCAUCCGCGUGCUCUUCCAGGGCCGCAUCGGUGUCGCCGUCUUCGCCAUGGUCACCGGCUACGUCUGCGCCCUCAAGCCCAUCCGCCUCAGCCACCAGGGCCAGCAGGCCGCCGCCUUCAAGUCCAUGGGCAAGUCCGCCCUGCGUCGUGUGCCCCGGCUGAUCCUGCCGGCCGCCUUUGCCACCUUCUUGACCUGGCUCGCCUGCGAGCUGGGCGCCUACCACACCGCCGCCCACUGCGACAGCUGGUGGAUCCGCGCGACGGGUCCUACGCCGAUCCCGGACUUCUGGCGCGCCCUCCGGAGCUUGCUCAAUAGCGUCAUCGCAACCUGGACGCACGGCGGCAACGAGUACGACGCCAACCAGUGGACCCUGCUUCCGUUGCUCCUGGGCAGCUUCUGGGUCUACGUCUUUAUGCUGGCCACGGCUCAUGUGCGCCCGCGCUACCGCAUGAUGAUGGCCAUGGCCAUGUGGUUGUACUUUAUCCUGGCCAACGACCCGACCUUUGGCAUGCAGUUCUUCUUCGGCGUCUUCUUGUCGGAUCUCCAGAACCUCCCAAGUGCUAACAAGUUCUUGAACGACCAUCCGCGUGCCACCCGCGUGCUCUCCCCCGCUUUCCUUGUCCUCGGCACCUUUGUCGCCUCGUACCCGGAGACGAACCCCGAACGCGUCGGCUGGUCGCGUAAUCUCCACGCGGUCCUCGCCUUCGUCCUGCCCUACGGCUCCGACUACCCGCGCUAUGCCUCUGGCCUCGGUGUCCAGCUCAUUGCCCUUGGCCUGCACUUCUCCCCCAAGAUGCGCGACGUUCUGUCGAACCGGGCCUUCCUGUGGCUGGGCAAGCAGUCCUUUGCCGUCUACCUGUUGCACGGCCCGCUCCUGCGCAGCGUCCUUGCCUGGAUGCUGUACGGCUUCAAGACGCUGCCUGACACGCUCGAUGCCGAGGGCCAGCCGCAGCACCACGAAACGCCCUUCCCGGGCAUGAUGCACCUCUAUGUUUCGCUUGUUAUGUGGAUCCCGCUGAACUACUUUGCUGCUCAUCUGUGGACGACCUACGUCGACCCGUACUGCGGCGAACUGACGGAGAGCCGAGACGGGCGCGAGCCAUACGAAGAUGGAGACGGCGGUGCCGGACCAAACGCGGACCUCGACUGCCGGUCUUACACAACGGGUGAAGAUGCCAUUGAGCUGGACCGGUUGGACAUCUUCUCCGACGCGGACAACGCGGACAGCGCGAACGAUGUGGGCAUGAGCAGCGCAAGAGAAUAA